AUGGGUGCAACACCGAGUCGCUGCGAAGAUCUCUCCAAGAAUGUGUACUUGGAGAAAUUCUGUGGGAAGCAAAGCGUACUUACAAAUGAUCCAUUCUGGAACACAUUUCUGUCAUACAAUAUGCGCCCACCUAUUACAAGAAAUGAUCAAAUAGAGCUUGACUCUCGUUUGGAUUUAUCGUGUCAGCAGUUGCUUGUUAAUAAUUUAUCCACUGGCAACUUUGGUACCUUGAUACAAGUUGCUCUUAUACGCAUUAACGAGCUGCUUGCUCCUGUUCAAAAUCAAAAUAUAAUAUCAGCAUGGCAAACAUACAAUGCACUGUUUGCUGUAAGGUGCAUCUUGAAAUAUCUCAUCGAAACUGUUGGCGAAGAACAGAUGUUGAAGCACAUUGAAGCACCGCUAACAACUGUGACCAAUGAAGCAAUGUCCUCUUACAGACUGGAAGUGUUUUUCGAAGCUUUAAUAGAGCUUAUUACAGAUGUACCCCUGUGUGAAUUUACGUACGUCGUUCAUUUGGAAGCAAUUAAUUGUUUACUUGUGUUGCUUUCGGUGCAACUGUUUUCUCAAACUGCAGCUGAGUACAGCGCUGUAUAUAGGAUAGCGAUGCAUGCGCACUCGAGCAGCUGCAGCCAACAUGCGCCUGCUGUGGUGUGCACAUUGUUGCACAAUUUUAUUCAACAGGAACACGCUCCUCCGGGAUUGCUCACGCAGCAACCCGGCGGUGGCAUUGUGUUCAGUAUUGCUGCUGGUCUCUGGAACGUGAUAAGAAUGGGCAUGGGCAGCGGUUUGAAGAAUGUACAGAUUGCACACAAUGGCGCUACCGAGGAUGAAGAAAGGAAGCGCGAUACAGAAACUCCGCUCGCUAGUCAAUCCCUGUUGUUACUAUUGGUUCUGACCAACCAUUGCACCGCCAUGCAAAACCCAUAUAGAAAUGCGCUUUUCUCUUUUAUAGAUAUGCAAGAGGAUUAUAAUACGUCGCAAACGAAGGGAGCUGAUGCCUUCAAAUUUAAUCUAAAUAAACUGUACAGUACUAUUUGUAAAAUACCAAAUACGGACGAAGUCACGCUCCUACUCUAUAUGCUGUUGCACAGAAACUCGAGUGUGAAACAGGACAUAAUGAGAAGGCCUGACAUACAAUUAUUGGUAACACCGAUAUUGCAAAUCCUGUAUCAUGCGCCAAAUAAUACGUCGCAUCAUAUUUACAUGUCUCUCAUUAUCCUCUUAAUUUUGAGUGAAGAUGAAACGUUUAAUAAACGGAUACAUGAAAUUAUGCUUAAAGGUGUGGCGUGGUACACUGAGAGAUCUAUAAGUGAAAUAUCAUUAGGUGGUCUUUUAAUUCUCGUUGUUAUUCGUACGAUACAGUAUAAUAUGUUUAAAAUGAGAGACAAAUAUCUCCACACAAACUGUCUGGCCGCCUUGGCGAACAUGUCUGCCCAGUUUACGUCGUUACAUCCUUAUGUCAGUCAGAGGUUACUCAGUCUAUUUGAAACACUCGCUAAGAAGCACACGCGAUUAGAGAUCAAAAUUCGAACGCAGCCGACUGUUUCUGCCGAUAGUGCCGUCGUGACUGUUAAUGGAGCUAUUGCAAGCGCAGAUUUGAUUCAAGACUUGACUAUACUGGAGGAAGUCCUACGGAUGGUGCUAGAAAUUAUAAAUAGCUGUUUAACCCACAGAUUAGCACACAAUCCUAACUUGAUCUAUACUCUUCUGUAUAAGAAAGACGUCUUUCAACCAUUUAGGAUGCAUUCCGCUUUUCAAGAUAUCGUGCAAAAUAUCGAUUCUGUAAUAAACUUCUUCUCUUAUAAGUUGGAGCAAAAGGACCAGUCGCAACUUGGCGUUAGUCAAGUAUUAGCCACUAUACAGCAAGGGACUUUGGAAUGGCCACGAGAUCGUUUAAGGAAAUUUCCAGAAUUAAAGUUUAAAUAUGUAGAGGAGGAACAACCGGAGGAGUUCUUCAUUCCUUACGUGUGGAGCGUCGUUUGCCAAGGAGCAUUAUUGCAUUGGAGCGCAGAGAAUAUAAAAUUGUUUUCCCCCAACAAUGGCGAGACAACGAUUAUCGUUUGCUGAUAUUGAGAUGAAAGAUGCACGCUGCUGUAAGUAUUCCAAGCGAUAACUUAAAACACGCGGUACCGUAAGUUUGAUAACAAAAUUUGUCGGAUGUCAAAGUAUAAAUAAUAUUUUCCUUCCGAUACGAGAGAUUAGGAAUUUUCACAACUAGAACGACAUGAGAAUCGUCGCGCGUAUGUAAGAAAUGUUUAUUGCGAUUACCUGUGUGAUAUCUCAAAGAUGAGUGUCGUAUACGCAGUAGGAGAUCAUUUAUAAUCGGAAUAUUGUCCGGAACGCGGAACAUUUCUGACCAUAUCACUUUCUUGUUGUAUUAUUUUAAUAUUUAUUACGAAAAUGGAGCAAAGAGAGAAACAUGCGAGAAUAUUAACGUUUAUUGAAAAAAGGAUUAAACCUUCUCAUUUGUCCAUAUUCGUGUCGUAUACUUUGUUCGUUAAGAUAAUGUAGAAAAAGAGAAAAACUAACUGACUUGUACAAAUGAUACGCUGAUAGAUGUUAUGCCAAUGAGUGCGAUUAUUACGUAUCGAUACGUAUCAAUGGGACUAGUUUAACAUUUUUCAUUACGAACGCUAUCAUAAGGAACGAUAGAAACAAAAUUUACGUUACUAAUUAUCUACUAAUGUACGCAUGAGCAGUUUUACAAUUAGUUCGUAAGUACUACGCAGUUUAAAAAUAUACUACGAACAUCUAUAAUUUUGACGCUAAAACUUGUUACAAUAUCAUCUUUGUACACCUUAGAAGACCUUCUCUGAAAAAAUGUAAAAUGUAAUCCUAAAACUAGAUAUGUAUUGUUUCCAAAUAUCACACUACAUAGGAGCGUUAUAAGGUUAGUGAGCUCUCUCUCUCUCUCUCUCUCUUUCUCUCACACAUGCCCGCGCGCGCGCAGUAGCCUAAUUAAAGUAGCGUCGAAAUACAAUUAUGUUCCAAGUGUCGCGUUUACGUGCGCGCACCUGUUUGUAAAUAACUAUCGAGAUGGAGAAAGUUUCCAUUUGUCUAAUUUUAGACUGCAGCAUAAUAUCUGUAUACUCUGCAAUUUCUCGCGCGCUGUAUAUGUGCAAAUAUAAUUUCUAUUUAAUAUAUAUAAAUACAAUAAAAAAAAAAACAUACA